GUAAUGCGAGUAUGUAAACAUUGCCACAAGUUCUUCACGAAUUUAAUUGAAUUUUAAGAAAUUUGCUAAUUAUGGAAGCUCCAGAGAUUCGUUUGCCUCAAAAAAGGUUCUACCGACAAAGAGCUCACAGUAAUCCAAUAUCUGAUCACAGCAUCGAGUAUCCAAUAAAUCCAGAUGAACUAGAUCAGGAUAUUGGAACAAAUCAUCCAAGCUGGAAGGAACUGUAUCCUGAAAUUGGCGACAAAAAGGUAGAAUUUGGUGAUUUCGGAUGUGGAUAUGGUGGAUUUUUAAUUAGCUUAAGUGAAACAUAUCCAGAUAAAAUAUCAAUUGGAAUGGAAAUUCGUGUAAAGGUCUCCGACUAUGUUAAAGACCGAAUUGAGACACUUCGUAUCAUCCAUCCAGGAAAAUAUCAAAACGUUGCAUGCCUUAGAAGUAAUUCAAUGAAAUACAUGGUCAAUUACUUCCAUAAAGCUCAACUAUCGAAAAUGUUCUUCCUAUUUCCGGAUCCGCACUUUAAAAAGUCUAAGCAUAAGUGGAGAAUCAUCAAUCCAUCAUUAUUAAGUGAAUACGCCUAUGUUCUGAAGAAAGAGGGUUUACUGUAUGUUGUGACGGAUGUUCAGGAUCUUUACGAUUGGAUGGUAUCGCAUUUAUCAGCACAUCCAAGCUUCGAGCGUCUAAAAGAUGAUGAGGAGAAAAGUGACAUUUUACAUGAUAAAUUAUUGAAUAGCAGCGAAGAAGCCCAAAAGGUUGAGAGAAAUCAAGGCAGUAAGUUCCUAGCUAUAUUCAAACGCCUGUAAAGAAAUAAAGGAAUUGAAAAUAAAUUCAGAUAUAUUUUUUUGACAUUUAA